AUGGUAUCUGGUAGACCCUACCAGCAGGUAACCCUACCUGCCUUUCACCUGGGCACCAAGACCAAAGAACUGGUUGCUCUUAAGAUUCUUCGCAACAAAAGAAGAUUCAAGCAACAAGGCCUGGUGGAGCUCAAGAUCUUGGAUCUGUUGCGCAAGAAAGAUCGGAACAACCACUUCAAUGUCAUCCACAUGAAGGAGUACUUUAUGUUCCAUGAUCACCUAUGCAUCACCUUUGAGCUCCAGGGAGAUAACCUCCAUGAGACUUUGAAGAAGAACCGCUAUAAGGGCUUCAGCCAAGCCACAGUGCAUCGCUUCACUCACUCCAUCUUUAAGUGCCUGCAGAUGCUUCAUCAUGAGAAGAUAAUCCACUGUGACCUAAAGCCGGAGAACAUCGUUGUCACCCAGAAAGGCUCGCAGAACAUCAAAGUGAUCGAUUUUGGAUCUAGUUUCUUCAAUCAUGAGAGAGUGUACUCUUACAUCCAGAGCCGCUUCUACCGCUCCCCUGAGAUCAUCCUGGGCUGCAGCUAUGGCAUAGAGAUUGAUAUGUGGAGCCUUGGCUGCAUCAUUGCGGAGCUGUACACCGGCGUGCCACUCUUUCCUGGCGAGAAUGAGAAGGACCAGCUUGCCCUCAUCAUGGAGGUGCUGGGAGUGCCUCCGGAGGAGAUGCUUCAGACUGCGCCUAGGACGAAAAAGUUUUUUGAGCCUAAUGGCAAACCAAGGCCUUACACCAAUAGCAAGGGCAACACCAGAAAAACUGCCUCCAAAGAUCUGGCCAGCAUUCUGAAGACCUCUGAUCCACUCUUUCUGGACUUCAUCAGAGGCUGCCUUGCAUAUGUAUCAGUGCAGUACAAAACAUAG